AGAUGUCAACACCGACAAUAGUUUGAACUGAUGUUGGAAAGUCAAGUAAAGACCCUUCUGUCAGAUCCACUGAUAAGUGCCCAAUAUUGAGUGAUGAGCUGGAGUAUAAAGCAAUAGGAAGCUGACAUGGCAUUAUGUGACGUGGACUGGCAGUUAGAGUUCAACGACUUAGAUGGAUUGGUUGUUACAGUAUAUAACUGAGUCGUCUUCUUCAUUUGUUCUUUGGCCAUUGACUGGGAAGUUGUAUGGGACACUGAGAGAGAUCUCAUGUGUAUGGGCUCAAGGUCUCUUUGAGACUUGAGAUUGUAUUUCAUUUCAUUUCAUCAAUAAUACUAUAGUUGUGCUCUAUCAUUUGGUGCGGUGAGCGACUCGAAGCAUCGCGACGGUGAUCAGUUCGAGCUUUGGGGACGACGACAAUGGCGUCUCAGAGUUUCGCGACGAUGAUGGCAACGAGAUCUGAAGCUGUAGAACAAAUCCAAUCAUUGUAUCAAUCAUUCGAUGCGAAGAUCGAUCGGCUAGAAGCAACAAUUCAAUCAUUCAUUGCUACGCUACAACAACGAUCACCUCAGGCGGAUUCGAUUGGAAUCUUUCCGACUUCAAAUCAGCUAUCUCCUACUCAAGUAUAUGUUUCUUCUUCGGAUGGGAACAGUGCUACGUUAGGUUAUCGGGAAGUAGGAUCAUAUUUGGUUAAUCAUAAAGCUUUGCUGGAGAAAGAUGAUCCUGAUAGAGUUAGGUUGAGGAAAGAAUAUGAUCAGCGUAUGAAGCAAGGGAAUAUUGAUAAUCACGAAGGUUGGAUUCAAAAAUGUGAGAUACUUGUUUUGGAUGUUGUGAUUUCACCUGGAAAUAUUGAAGUGGAGGAAGCGAUUCAUGCAACUAAUCCAGAGGAAAGGUCAGAGAUUCCUAUGUUUACUGGUGUCGAUCUGAGGCCAUGGCUUGAUUGGAUGGAGCAUCGCUUUGCCUCAGAAGAGUUCACCGACUUGCAGAAGAUGACGUUGGCUCACGGUUUCAUCGAUGAAGAAGCUGCAUCAUGGUACAACAAGAGAUUGUCAUGGUUGCCUUUUCAAAGUUGGGAGGAUCUAAAAACAAACUUGUUACUGCGAUUUGGAGAUGCAAAUGAUCCUGAUCGUCUACGCAUUGUGUUCCAGAACAAACGUUUUAUACAAGAGUGUAUUAACAAAGAGAUGAAAGAUUUGGAUGCAGAAGAAUCAGUAAACAUAGCAGAGUCGAUUGCAGCAACAUCGAUUGAGGAGGUGAAAAGUGCAAGCGAAGUGGAUCCAUCAUAUGUGAUUUCCCAGCAGGAACUUGAACCAAUUAUAAGUGUCUGUGGUCCACAACUUUCAGAUGGAGAGAUUUCAAAAUGUGAGGAGCUUCAGGAACCAAGCCAUAUAGGCCAGUUCAGUUCACUGCACGUUGGUGAACAAGUCAAAUCUCUGUUCUUGGUGAAGAAUAUAACACAGUCGUUUUUACAAGCGGAAGAGGUGACUGUGGAAUGUGAGAAGACAAACUAUGGUACAAGACUCCUCACAAAACUGCAUAUUGCACACCAACUGCUCGCUAAAAUGACUCUGAGAGACAGAAUGAUCAUGAGAAGACAAAGGGUACAUCACAGGAAGAAGAGGUGUUUAUCGCCUAAGUCUUGGAGGUUUAAAUUCAAAGGGCAGCUAGAGAAGACACAAAGAUCGGAUGUGAAAACAAUUUUAGAGUUUCAGUGGAGGGAAUUGUCGAGUUCUGAGUCUAAGCUCAGUGGAGAGUUAGGGAGAAUGUUGUCUGGAACUAGAGGUGAAGCUCUUGGUACCGUUACAAGUGUUGAUUUAAUGAGAGAAAGAGCUGCUACUGAGUCUGAGAUACAACUGGUGUUUGGGCAUUGGAAGAAAAAUAAAUCCCCUAAAUCAUGGAUGUUCAAGUUCAGGAUCAGUUCAGCAAUGAGAAAGUUGAUACAAAACAAGUUCUUGUUUCCUGAGACAGCUAACGGUGAGAGUCAUAUUAAUGAAGUCAAGCAUGUUGUGGCGAAGACUGGGCAGCAAUCGUACAACAUUAUCAGGAAGGUUUUGCUCAGUUGUAGAGAGACGGUUUUAUCUUGUAUCACUCAUAAUAUACAGAAGCAGCAUAAUAGGUUCAGAACUACAAGGUGGCGAACCAAAAUGCUGGUGGAAGAGGAGCACAAGCAUUUUUCUGCAUUUGCGGUUGGUUCCAUACAUCUGAUGUUGCAGAAUGAUUCGGAGUCGAUGCUGUUAAAACUGCUGGUUCAUUGUCACUUUCUUAAAGGAUAUGGAUUAUCAAAAGUAGUAAGAGAUUUUGGAGAAAGUGAUGGGCCUGCUGGCACAACGGCAGUACUUGUUCUUCAAGUUUCAUCUCCAAUUCUAAAUCAUCAGGUUAACCGAGUGUCUGAAGCAGACAAGAUGAUUCUGCUAUUAUUGAUGAAGCAGAUUAUUGAUAAGUUUUCAAUGCAAGACAAGUGGAAACAUAAACAACAUGAACUUGUUUCAGGGCUAGAGUUCUGUUCGAGUAAUAUUCUGUUGAUCACCAUUGGCUAUGAAAUUUCUGUAUACUCAACUUGGGAGCAACGUGACAAGAAGCAGAAUGAGAGUUUGCUAUAUGUCAUGGAUGUGUUGUACUUGGACAGCAUGGCAACGAGAGUCCAUUUUUCUGUGUGGUUUUACUGGAAGAACAAGACAAUGCAGCAUGUUUGUAACAGAUUAUCCGAUGGGUGUAACUGGUUACUGGAUAAUGAACUGAUACCGUUACAAGUGUUAUUCACGUGGAGGGAAGUUCACAAAAUACUGGCAUAUCAAGACAGUAACAAGCUAAGAGAGCUGUACUUUGCUAGAGUCAUCCUGUUGCAGCACACCAAUGGACGCCUAGAAGAGAGUUUUCUGUUUGGAGUUGGGGAUCCAAAGUAGAGAUUCAGUAUGGUCAUGACUCGAGCUGCACAUCAAAAUAUUUCCGAGAUGGAUAGAGGGGUUAGGGAUCAGAUCCUAAUUGGUGAUGCACAUUCCGUCAACUAUUUUUGGAAGCUACGAGCACCAGUAUAUGGAAUUUCUGAAAGCUGGUUGAAUGUUUCUGUUGAGAUUUGCUUGUGCGGUAUAUACAUCUGGGUACAAGUUUCAUGGAAGAUGAAGUUGUGCAAGGAUUGGUGGUUUAAGUUCAAACAGAUUACAAGGGUUAGAGAAGCUUCUCGAUUACAAUAUUACAAGGAAGUAUGUUACAACCAGCAGUUUCUGAUUAAGCAAAGGAGAUCAGAGUAUGAUGUUAUUUUUCAUAGUGGAAACCUUGUGCUGAUUCACUGCCGUCCAUGUAUGCAUUUGUUGAGCAUUCCGGUCUGCAACGUCAAAAAGCUCUGUUCCUGCAAUCACGAGAGACUAUUUCAUUCAGGUCUUUUCCGAAGCUUGAGGACAAGCUUCUAUAGCGAGGGGGGUAUUGAUAAGUGCCCAACAUUGAGUGAUGAGCUGGAGUAUAAAGCAAUAGGAAGCUGACAUGGCAUUAUGUGACGUGGACUGGCAGUUAGAGUUCAACGACUCAGAUGGAUUGGUUGUUACAGUAUAUAACUGAGUCGUCUUCUUCAUUUGUUCUUUGGCCAUUGACUGGGAAAUUGUAUGGGACACUGAGAGAGAUCUCAUGUGUAUGGGCUCAAGGUCUCUUUGAGACUUGAGAUUGUAUUUCAUUUCAUUUCAUCAAUAAUACCAUAGCUGUGCU